CCCACUUCCCGGUCGCCUCGCUUCCUUUACCCGCUGCGCUACCUGCGCAGGUAAUGUGGUAGUAGCUGCCUGUACGCGUGUGGAAAUCUGGCCGUUUGACUCACAAUUUAAUUAGACGGUGUGUUUGUAUGUAGCUUCCUGUAUUGCUGUCCUGGGCCGACGUUAAUGAGUCACGCACCGUUCUCCCGAGCUGUCUGACUGUCCUCCUCCCGCGGCUGUACAGCGCGAGCUCUCCUCCGCGCUCGCUCAGGUGAUCAAACACCACCCGAUCGUUGCUGAGAGCCGACGGUGGUGGUCCUGGUGUCCUGGGUGGUGGCUUCCCCUCUUUUUUUGGUGUGCUGUGCGUAACCUGGUCCUGGUUUUCUCUUCACUAAAGUGUGUGUGUGGCUGGCUGUCACGUGUGACUGGGGUGACCUUAUUUUUCGUUGGAUCCCUCACACCCUUGUCGACCCAUCUCCAUGCCGUGCAGAUUCUCCAGAGUCUCCAAUGAUGAAGAUCUGCAGCCCGGACAUGAAGUGCUUAGCUCUUGUAAUCCUGAUGAUCAACAGCAUCUGUGUCUUCUCACAAAUUCGCCAUGACACUUUUGUUAUUGUGGGCUGCUUCUACAAUGGGACAACUGAAGUUGAGUUUGAGGUUGAUGAUGAGGAGUUUUUGUAUGCCGAUUUUGACAGAGAUGAGCUUGUUUACACUGUGCCCAGAUUUCUUGUGGACGACCCAAGUAAACUAUUUGACAGUGAACAUGAAUAUAGGAAUGCCAAGAAAGGCAAGAAAUCAUGUUCAGCACUUGUGGCAAUCGCCAAAGCAGAGGAGAAAAACCCGCCCGAACAAACAGACCCCCCUGAGAGCAUCGUCUACUCUUCAGAGGAAGUUGAGCUGGGAGUUGAAAACAGCCUCAUCUGCUUUGUGAAUCAUUUCUACCCACCUGAGAUCAAAGUCACCUGGACCAGAAAUGGUCUUCCAGUGUCGGAGGGGGCGUCACUCAGUCGAUAUUAUCUCAAUAAUGAUCAGACCUUUCAUCAGUUCUCCACCCUGACAUUCACACCGAGGGAUGGGGACAUUUACAGCUGCACUGUGGAGCACAUGGCCCUGGACAGGCCUCAAACAAGGAUCUGGGAACCUGACUUUAGUCAUGACAGUAGUGUGGGACCAGAUGUUUACUGUGGAGUGGGUCUGGCUGUGGGUUUGUUGGGAGUCGCAGCUGGAACAUUUUUAAUGGUUAAAGGACACCAUGGACGGUAACAUCUCUGUUUGAGAGAUAUCAUACACAUGAAGUUGAUGAAAUUUACAACAAUCAUUUUGGAGUGCACUGUUUAUUGUCUUCUAACACGUGAAUUGGUUUAGAGACAGGUAUGAAUAUCACUCAUGCUGCCCCAAACACUUUCCAGAAAUCAAAAUCCAAUCAGGGCCAAUGAGGUAUCUGCGCCGGUGAUGCUGUAAAACGCUAACAAAACAAACAAACAAAUGCUAACUCUAACAUAGAGUAAACACAGCAAUGAGUGAAUUUAUUGCAGAAAUAGAGCCAAUAACAAUUAAACAAGAACAAGAGUAUGCAGUGUCUCGGAGCAAAGGACAUUUUUGCCUUUCUUCCGACUGGAUUUGUCAAAAGCUUGAUUUAUCAACCAGCUCUGUUGGUGAUGAAGAAGAUGUUCCUCAGUGUUUUGUUAUGCUGGUUGGCUGAAGGAGUUUGUCUGUCAAGGUGAGUGCUCCCGCCUACUGAAAGUCUUUGGGGCAGCAUCAAGGUCAGACUGAUACAGAGAGCAAAACAGAGUGUUGAGCUCAUUUCAUCAGGUAAACAAACACCCGCUGACACUAAAUGUCAAGAAGUGCUUUGGAAUUACAGAUCUAAUAUGAAAGGGCCUUAAAAUAUGAAUGAAGCUUUUUAUUAGAUUUCUUUUUAAUUAAUGUUUCUGUUUACCUUCCAGGACAUAGAGCUUUAAUAUAUGUUGUUAUGAAUGUACAAAAUAAUUUUUAUUCAAUUCGAUUAUGUCACUGAGAUCGAGAUUUCUUUUGCAACAGUGACCUGAGUGCAGUAUUGCUGCUGACUCUAUUACUGUUCCUGUGUGUCAUAUUUUUAAUUUAUGUAUUGACAAAGGUGUUUUCCCACAGAAUUGAAAAACUGCCAAAGUUAUGCCAUUAGCAAAGAACCCUGCUGCACCUUUCUCUGGGGCGAAUUGCCAGCUGAUUAUUUUGUUACCUGCUCUAGGUAAAGUAAUGGAGAGGAUUAUGUUUGAACAAAUUCAAUAUUAUUUUGAUAUCAAUAAUUUAAAUAGUGAUUUUCAACAUGCAUUUAGACCAGGACACUCCACUUGUACAGCUCUGACGCAUAUGACAGAUGAAUGGCGUAUGGACAUGGAUAAUGGGAAAUUAGUGGGUGUCGUUCUACUUGAUUUUAGUGCUGCAUUUGAUGUUAUUGACCAUUUUUUGUUAUUAGGAAAACUUAUACAGUAUGGUUUUAGUUUGUCAGCAAUGAAAUUGAUGGAGAGCUAUUUGACAGACAGGAGUCAAACUGUUCAUUUUAAUGGUAGUUUGUCUGAUAUUAAAUAUGUUGACUGUGGGGUGCCUCAAGGGAGUUGUCUUGGACCGUUAUUAUUUUCUAUUUUUGUGAAUGAUCUCCCACUUGUGCUUGAUAGGACUAAAAUUGCCAUGUAUGCAGAUGAUACAGUACAGUAUAUGCAGUGGAGUCGUCUACAGUGGAGUUAAAUAAUAAGUUACAAUAUGAUUUAAGGUUAGUGGCAGAAUGGGUAACUAAAAACAAACUGGUCUUGAAUGUGGGGAAAACUAAAUCUAUUGUUAUUGGGUCAAGGUAUCUGCUGAGAGAUGAACCUUCCUUGGUAUUGGAAAUUGAUUAUAUUCCUGUUAAACAAAUUUAUGAGACUAAACUUCUUGGUAUAACUGUUGACCAACAUUUAACAUGGUCUAAACCAGGGGUAGGCAACCUGUGGCUCUGGAGCCACAUGUGGCUCUUUAUCCCCUGUCCAGUGGCUCCUUGAGCCUUGAGAAAAGAAGUCUAUGGAAAUUCAUUCUAUGAAUCCAAUUAUUAAUAGUGCCCUGCACAGUGUCCACCUUGUGGUAAAACAUAUUAACAAAUGCUUAUUUAGACCAUAAGUAUAAGCUAAUUUAGACUUAAUAGGCUAUUUACCUUGAUUAUAAGGCUCAAACAUGUUUUGCGGCUCCACACAGAUUUUUUCAAAUUAUUUUUGGUCAAAAAUGGCUCUUUUAAUGGCAAAGGUUGCAGACCCCUGGUCUAAACAUAGUGAUCAUAUUUUGAGUAAAAUGGGAAGAGGGAUCUCAAUGGCAAAAAGAGUGUUAAAAUUCAUACCACAAGAUAUAGCCAAACAAGUUGCAAAUGCACUAGUUCUGUCACAGCUCGAUUACUGUUUUGCAAUUUGGUCUAGUGCCUCAAUGAAGGAUUUAAAUAAAUUACAAGUUGCUCAAAAUAAAGCAGCACGCUGUGUUUUACAGUGCUCUUACAGAACUUAUGUAAUACAUAUGCAUGAUAGACUGGGGAUCUGUCGGCAAUGCAUUGGUGCCAGACAACACAGGACACCCCAGAGGUCCUGUCUCCACGCCUCGACAGGUCAGAGGCUUCAGGAUAAUACUUUCAAAGUCACUUAUCAAAACCUACAUUUUCUUUGUCCUGUACACAAUAUGAUAAUUUAAGUGAGCUUAUUUUCCAUGAAACGGCUUGACGAAUCCCUGAAGUGUUCAGAUGAUCAAAGAUGGGAAUGGUUGUUUAAUUUUGAAAAGAAGGCAAGAUUAACUAUUUAUUUAGUAUUUACUUUGAUUUCUCCAGAACUAUAUAUUGUAAUAAGUGUAAUUGUUGGUAAUUUGUAAAUUUUGUUUUGGACAAUGGAGAAUGUAAAUGUGAAUGUUGCUUUAACAUUUUUGGCUUUCUUAUUGAUUGAAAAUGUGUACACAGCACUACGGUUCAGGCUUAUACAAAUGGGCUGGGCAAUAAUCACAUGAUCUGAUAUACUGGAUAUAUGUUACUCAUAUACAUAGAAAUAAUGCACUUAAUACACAUUUUUUGCUUGUAUUUCAACAAUGUUAUGUCUGUUUUCUUUUUGCCAAUAAACAUUGAGAUUAAAUUUAAUAAAUAAUAUAUGUGAUCCAAAAUAAAGCAUACCUGCUAAAACCUGAA